CUCCCGGAAGUGGUCUCUGGAUCGGGCAGUGAAAGUGGUAGCCAGUCGUCCCCGGGAUCAGAUCUCCGGAGGUCGUAGCUGAACUCUUUCUCUGCGUUUCGCCUCGAUCCUUCCUGAGGCUUCCAGGCUCUCCACCAUCAUGGGGGGCGGAGACCUGAAUCUGAAGAAGAGCUGGCACCCGCAGACCCUCCGCAAUGUGGAGAAAGUGUGGAAAGCUGAGCAGAAGCAUGAGGCUGAGCGGAAAAAGAUUGAGGAGCUUCAGCGCGAGCUGCGGGAGGAGAGGGCCCGGGAGGAGAUGCAGCGCUACGCGGAGGACGUUGGAGCUGUCAAGAAAAAGGAAGAAAAAUUGGACUGGAUGUACCAGGGUCCUGGUGGGAUGGUGAACCGUGAUGAGUACUUGCUGGGGCGUCCCAUUGACAAAUACGUUUUUGAGAAGAUGGAGGAGAAGGAGGCAGGCUGUUCUUCUGAGACAGGACUCCUCCCAGGCUCUAUCUUUGCCCCAUCAGGUGCCAAUUCCCUUCUUGACAUGGCCAGCAAAAUCCGGGAGGAUCCGCUCUUCAUCAUCAGGAAGAAAGAAGAAGAGAAAAAAAGAGAGGUAUUGAAUAAUCCUGUGAAAAUGAAGAAAAUCAAAGAAUUGUUGCAAAUGAGUCUGGAAAAAAAGGAGAAGAAGAAAAAGAAGGAGAAGAAAAAGAAGCACAAGAAACAUAAGCACAGAAGCUCAGGCAGCGAUCGUUGCAGCAGCGAGGAUGAGCACGGCCGGGAGAGAUCUCAAAAGAAGAUGGCAAAUUCUUCCCCUGUUUUGUCCAAAGUCCCUGGAUAUGGCUUACAGGUCAGGAACUCUGACCAUAGCCAGGGACUGCAGGGUCCUCUGACAGCUGAGCAAAAGCGAGUGCGUGGGUUGAAGAAUUACUCCAGGUCCAGAAGCUCCUCUCCCUCACCUCCCAGACAUGGCAACAAGAAGAGCACCAGAGAAGCAGGGUCUCGGGACAGGAGGUCUCGAUCCCCGGGCAGAAGGUCACGGUCCCCAAGGCCAAGCAAACCGCACAACUCUAAGGUAAAUAGGAGAGACAGAGGCCGAAGUAAGAGCCUAUCACCUAAAAAAGACAUCUACCAAAGGCGGCAUGGUCAUGGGUACACCAGAAAGCUCUCAUCAGAGGAGCUAGAGCGAAAACGGCAAGAGAUGAUGGAAAACGCCAAGUGGCGGGAGGAAGAGAGGCUGAACAUCCUCAAGAGGCACGCUAAGGACGAUGAACGGGAGCAGAGGCUGGAAAAGCUAGACUCCCGGGAUGGGAAGUUUAUCCACCGCAUGAAGCUAGAGAGUGCAUCUACCUCCUCUCUGGAAGAUCGGGUGAAGCGGAAUAUCUACUCUCUACAGAGAACCUCAGUAGCUCUGGAGAAGAACUUUAUGAAAAGAUGAAAGCCAUCCCCUCUCUUGCUGGUUUUCCUGAAAUUUCCAGGGAGGCUGCUGAUCCCUUAAAAAUUCUCUUUAUAAGAGUUCAAAUGGCUUCUUCCACAGAUGUCAAACCACCACUGUUCAAAGUGACUCUCCUCCAUGGAUUCCAAAAACAGCCCACUUCUUUUGAGAACCAGUGUGACUUGCUCUAUGGGACCCUCAGUAACUUGCUGGGUGCAGAGCAGGUCUUAACUGUUGUUAAAUGGGUGGGCACUGGAACAUCAAGGUGUGAGCACUCAUCUUGCUCUGGAAGGAGGCUCCCUUAUGCCUCUUCCCUCCACCUGUGUGAACAAACCUAUUCUGCCACCUCAGAAUAGACUGGACCUUUCAGAAACCUCUCUCCCCAGAGUCACCCAGAUAGUUUGUGCUUACUAGGGUAAAAGAACAUUUACUUGAUUUAGUAGAUAAUGUGACAGAUGAUGUCAGAUUAGGGCAGGGCCAAGGGAGUGAUAAAGAAUCUGGAAGGGAAAACAAUGCAAAAAAACCCCUAAAUGAACUGUUGAACUAUUUGGACUAUCUUUCAAACUGUAAAGUGUAUUGUGUAUAUGUAGAAAUGUGUAAUUUUUACAUGCUUUAAAAAAGAGUAGUUAGCUUUGUUAGAAUAUCUUGUUUGGUAAGUGACUUUACUAUGUAAUAGAACCACAUUGUAUCUUGUUAUCCAGUAACACAGUAAGGCAGGUCAGCUUUUCUUUCCUCUUGGAAUCUGGCUGGUUGUGGAGGGGCCUGGGUUUAUUGAUAGGAUCUAGGGUAUCUCUCCAUUUACACUGCUUACAGUCUCUGAUGUGGGCAGUGCAGUGUUGAAGUCAAAUGAUUUUAGUAGUCAGGACCAAACUACCAGUAUGCUCCCUGGCUCUUAAAAGAAAAUAUAAUGGAAGCUGUGUAUUUCAUGGCUUCCCUUUUAUCAUGUAGUAAUCUUAUUACAAUUCUAGAUUUUCAGGAGUUGUUUGCUAUUAUUUUUUAGUCAGGUAUUAAACAAAACAAAACAAAACAAAAAACCCAGACUCGUGGGAUCCAUCUCCUUGUCUUUACGCCUUUCCCUUCUCUUUUAUCAGAAGCCCUCAUUUGACCCAGGAAGUCCUAGGCACUCUUGACCCACACAUUAGCUGGGCCAGUUCCUUGUUCUGCUAAUUCCUAACUCUGCUGAAAAUGAAUUUGGAUUUAUAUUUUUGAGCACUUAUGAUGCCAGACACUGUUACGCUUAAAACCCAGUCUUUCCCCAGAGAGAAAGUAACAUACACUUGUUAUGCAUGUAAUCACCUUAUCCUGCUUCCCUAUACUAGGGUUAAUUAUGUCUUUUAUUUUAUUAAUCGGUAAUAAAGGCUACAUUUAUUUUUGUAA